AUGGACAACUUUAAUGGCAUGGGAUACAGAUUCCAUCCCACUGAAGAUGAAAUCAUCAACCAUUUUCUUGAAUCAAAGAUGAAGUGUGGCACUGAUUUCUCUGCAGUAAUUAAGGAAAUCGAUAUUUCCAAUUUUGAACCUUGGGAAUUGCCUGACCAUUCACCACUAUCCUCAGAUGAUCAAGAGUGGUACUUUUUCAGUACAAUUGCUUAUAAGCCUUCCAAUAAGAGUACUAGUAAAAGAGUAGUUGAAAGAACAACUAGGGCUGGAUUUUGGAAAGUCACUGGCAAAGAUCGUGAAAUCUACGACGACAACAGUGGACAACUGAUUGGUAAAAGAAAAGCUUUGGUUUUCUACCAAGGUCAUGGUUCUAAUGCCGUCAAGACAAAUUGGAACCCUUAUGUUCUCUGUCGUUUAAGAAGAAAAUCAGAUGAUGCAGAAGAUGAUCAACCAAGUUCCCGUUUGGCUUCUACUUCACGACAUUAA